AUGCCUCAUAAAUGUUACCAUGGGAAGACUGGAAGAGUCUACAACGUCACUCAGCACGCUGUUGGCAUAGUUGUGAACAAGCAAGUCAAGGGCAAGAUUCUUGCCAAGAGAAUUAAUGUGCAUAUCGAGCAUAUUAAGCACUCUAAGAGCCGAGACAGCUUCCUGAAACGGGUGAAGGAAAAUGACCAGAAGAAGAAGGAGGCCAAAGAGAAGGGAACCUGGGUGCAGCUGAAGCGGCAGCCUGCUCCGCCCAGAGAGGCGCACUUUGUGAGGACUAAUGGAAAAGAGCCGGAGCUGCUGGAGCCUAUUCCCUACGAGUUCAUGGCUUAAUAGAUGUCCUAAAUG